AUGGACGCAGAACCCAGUGCGCCCAAGAGACACUGUGUGAGUACUGCCUGUAUUGCUUGUCGCAGGAGAAAGUCCAAGUGUGAUAGCAAUCUACCCAGUUGCGCUGCCUGCUCUUCGGUUUAUCAUACACCUUGCAUUUAUGAUCCAAACUCCGAUCAUCGUCGUAAAGGAGUAUACAAGAAGAAUGUCAACACCCUUCGAGCGCGGCAUACAACGCUGCAGACGUUAUUCCAUGCAAUAUUAAAUUACGAAGAGGAAGAUGCAUUUGAGCUUGUCCGACAAAUUCGAUCCUGUGACAAACUUGAAGAUGUCGCUCAAUCAGUCACUGCCCGCGAUAGAGGACUCUUGGCCGAAGAGACCGCUAGUGAGCCGGUUGGAGUUGACAGCUCAGCGCAUGUCGUUGACCAGUUUGAGACGGAGCUAUCUGGUAAAAUGAGCGAACUGAUACUUGACGGUUCGGGCAAGUUUAUUGGCGGAACUUCAAAUCUGAUAUUCCUUCCACCAGGCUCGGAGCUGCAUGAGUCGGCUUCAAUUGCCUAUAAUCACAUUUUCUGCUCUAAUGAUACGCAGCCAGUGAGGCGAUGGACUCAGGUCACCGAAGAUGAGUCGCUGAUAAGUCACCUGUUGAACAUGUACUUCACUUGGCACUAUUCCUUCUUCACUAUUCUCUCUAAGGAAUUGUUCUAUCGGGAUUAUAUACGAGGAGUUGCCAGCCCAUACUGCUCAGCCCUUCUUGUGAACUCCAUGCUUGCUCUAGGUUGUCACUUCAGUUCUUGGCCAGGCGUCUUAUCAGAUCCUCAAAAUCCCGCGACAGCCGGGAAUCACUUUUUCAAAGAGGCCAAGCGACUGAUCCUAGAAAAUGACGAACAUGAGAAUUCCAAGCUCUGUACAGUCCAGGCCUUUGCACUCAUGUCUGUGCGUGAAGCAGGUUGUGGCCGUGAAGGGAAGGGCUGGGUUUAUAGUGGCUUGAGUUUUCGCAUGGCCUGUGAUCUGGGUUUGAAUGUUGAUGCGAGUAAUCUUGGUGCUUAUAGGCUCAGUGAUGAAGAGAUUGAUGCUCGACGAAUCACUUUUUGGGGGUGUUAUCUCAUUGACAAGCUUUGGUCAAACUAUCUUGGUCGUCAACCCCAAUUGUCCUCGUCAAAUACUAAUACUCCUAAAAUCGAUGUCCUACCACGGGAAGAAAUGGAGAUUUGGUCUCCGUAUACAGAUUCUGGUAUGGCAAAGGUCCAUACGCAGCCUUCUCGCACGAGGGCUGUCGCACUGCAGAUAUUAAGUCUGUGUGAAAUCAGCAACGACCUUCUUCUUUACUUCUAUCAUCCGGCAGGACCCGAAAAGUCUCAUUCAAAGCAAUUGGAGCUGAAAAAUUUGACUGAUGUCCACACGCGACUCGAAGCUUGGAAAAUUAAGUUGCCGAGCGAGUUAGAAGCAAGAGAAGGACAGCUUCCUCAAGUACUUAUGAUGCACAUGUUCCACCAACUUCUCCUGAUUCAUCUCUACCGACCCUUUUUGAAAUAUAACAAAUCAAACACACCUCUCCCCUCGCACGUCUCACCUCGCAAGAUAUGCACCCAGGCAGCAUCAGCGAUUUCCAGAGUCCUGCGCAUGUACAAACGCACAUAUGGACUUGUCCAGAUAUGUAACUUCGUCGUCUACAUCGCCCACACGGCCUGUACAAUUCACCUCUUGAACCUUCCAGAAAAGAACGCUCAACGAGAUGUGAUUCACGGCGUACGUAGUAUUGAGGAGAUGGCUGAGAGCUGGCCGUGUGCACGUCGAACCCUGCGUAUCCUUGAUAUGUCCGCGAAAAAGUGGCAGGUCGAGCUGCCGGCCAAAGCGAUCUCCGUUUUCGAGCGCACACAUGCACAAUGGGGCUCGUGGGGAUCGUGGGACAAAGCAUCUUCGUCUGCUUCGGGCGAUUCUCCUAUCUCUAAUAGCAAAUUGCAGUCCAGUGUUACAAGUCCGAGUCCCACGUCGCUUCCUGUGCAUCCUUUCUCGUCGUCAGAAGUCCCUGAGCCUCCAGCGCUUCAUCAGCAUCCUUUGGCUGGAUCCGUGGUCCCACGGUAUCUUAUAGCAGCGCAGACGAACCAAGAUCAACUAGACUCGGGACAAUCCUUCCACCACACCUUCUCACCUUCAGCCACGACAUAUCUCCACCCCACACAAGUCGGGUACCAAAUCCCAACCCUACCAGCAGACCCAUCUCCCACACAAUCGCCCAGUCCAUCUACCUGGCUUGAUCUAUCCAAUGCACAAGUUUCACGGACAAAAAUGUCUCCUGCGUCGAAUGUAUCGGCGUUAGCAGGACUCGAGAGCUUCGAAAAUCUCGUUGGCGAAAGUCACGACUGGUGGUCCCUAAAUGCAACUGCUGCACUUGGGACGGGUAUGGAAACUUGGAAUGGGCCGUGGAGUCCUGGAAUUCUGGAUCCUGCUCAGAACUUACAGGAUCAUACAUUUAUGUCUAUGCUUCAGCGUCCUAGUCCAGAUUCUGGCUCUGGCUCUGGCUCUGGCUCUGGCUCUGGCUCUGGCUCUGAGCUUCAAUCACAGGCCAUAUCUGUUGAUCCGAACAUGACCUCCGAGGAUAAUGUUAGUUUGCCAGAUCAGUCCAGCAGUGACAAGUAG